GAAUUCUUCCCUUCCCUAUUACUUCACAGCCGCAAUUCGUAAAUCAAAGGGACACAAAGCUCAUCCUCUCUUUCUCAUUACACCAUGGAGUCGCGUGCAUCCGCCGCUACGCCGGCAGAGGACUUUGUGUGCCUGCACUUCGUGUUCCUCCAUCACGGCUACCAUGGGCGAGAGACGGACUUUCACUACUUGAGCAGCACCGCAGAGAGUGCACUACGGGCGGCGCACGGCGAUGACGCACCCGCUUCACAGCCGGCCUCGCCGCACUUCGUUUUUAUUCACCCUUCCGGAAGUAGCUUUCUGCGAAGAGAACAGGGCGUCGUGGCGUACGCGCAGCGAUACAGCAAUCACGCCUGCGCAGUUAUUUCCGAGACACUCUCUCCCUUCAGCAGGGAAAGGAACAGGGGCGUCGACCACGACGAUAAAAGUGGACGCGGUACGGCUGCAGGUUCGGCGGCCCGCGGCGCACCCGUUGAGUUGCACUUCUCAGCCGUCGGGCACUCCAUGGGUGGACUCAUCCUACGGUUCGCGUUCCCACUCAUUAUGCGGUGGGUGGAGCAACUUGUCUCGCAAAGCCCAUGGGUGCGCGGCGUGCACUGGGACACAUUCUGCACGAUGGCGACGCCACAUCUCGGUGUGCUCUACGUAGGGUCCCAUGUCAAGACCUUUUUGGGGAAGAUGGCGGGCAGUCUACUGUCGGCCGCCGUCGCGGAUCUCUUCUCCCAAAGCACGCUUAUCACGCUCGACUUGGUGACUGAGGAGAGUCUUGCGGCAUGGGCGAGGUUCAAACGGCGGGUCAUCUUGAACGUCGUCGACGAUCGCAUCGUGGUCGUGUGCAGCAGCAGCUUUGUGAUGCCGUUGGAUGUGCGUCAGCGCAUAAGCGCUGCGGUCCCAUCGCCACCACCAGCGUCUUCUUCGCACGCGGCACCGGCGGUGCUAAACAGCACAGACGAGUCGAAGCAGUCCGUCGUCGCCGGCGCGGUGCGUGGUCCGAGCCACGGCAAGGAGCAUUCCGGUCCUGAGAAGCGGACGUGCUUCGAUGUGCCGAACACAGAUGCCUCGGUGAUGCAUCUGGCUGAGUUCGGCGUCUACUGUGCGUCUACAGUAGAGGGGCUGCGGCGCAACGCGUACGAGCUGAAGAAGCUGUCCGACGAGCUGUGGCCGCCGGAGUUGCUACCGCAGCAGCGCGCGUUGGCCGAGCGUAUUUUAGGACGUGUCGGUCCUCUCGAGCUGCACCUCCUUGACUUCCGCCCUCUCCGCGACGCGCCAGUGGAGUGCCUGCCCCGUCACGUCGCAGAGGCGCGUGCGAAGUUGGGCGUGUGUAGCAGUGCAAUGAUGGCGCUCGGCGCGCACAACUUCAGCCACGCCGCCAUGGCGUGCAAAGGUCUUUUUAACUAUCCCGCGUUCUUUGGCUUCCCCUCCGAGUACAUUGUGACGGAUCUUCUGGGGAUUCCCUUGACGGUGCAUGGGUUGUCGACCGACGCCAAGGACGCUUCGACUUCUUUAUGA